GUCGUCGAGAAGAGUGGAAGCAAAAGAAAUCAGGGGUUGGAAUGCCAGUUGGCAGCCAGCUGACAAUUUCCGCUGGCCGAGCUAUGUGACCAGCUGUCUUGUGUAUGAAGUACCGUUUACGAACACGGGCCCCAAAGCCAAGACAACGAAGCGGGCAAGGGUGGCAACUCAAGGGGGAUGAAAUGAAGGAGUCGUUGUUGUUUGUAGUUUUGCGCCUUCCAUUCUUGAAACAACGCAAAACUGUCCACUGUUUCCAUAUUACCGUCUUGGUAAAGCCCAAGACGUCCUCUCGCUGAAUGAUUUUCUUCUCGCGCUCGUUCUCGGAGGACCUAGACACGUAAGGUACCUAGUAGGUACCUUCUUAGGGGUCUAGGGCCCAGCAAUAAUGGGGUUGAUGAUGAGGAGGGCGGCUGCGAUCGCACGCCACAAAAUAAUCGGCUGCGCCGGAACGCGAUUACCACCCCCAAGAUGGGUGAGGCAGCUUGCUACAGAGUCUACUACUAGUAGUAGAAAUAGCAGUAGUGAGAAUCCCCAGCCGCGACUGGGCACAUCUCUGCAAGAAACAAGUGGUCAAGAUUCCAGGACAUCGCCGCCGCCUCCCAGAAAUGAUGGCGAUGCUGGCCCAUCCCUUGCCGCAAAGAUGGCCGAGGCGGCCGCCACCUCCUUUGCCUCUAUUGUGAUUCUUGGCGCUGGCUUUGGCAUUGCGGCAUACGUCUAUCAUCAAAGCUACAAGUACUUCGUUCUCAAGAAGAUGGCCAACGCAUUCGAGCCUGGUGAUCCCGUCCUUGAUCUCGCCGCCAUGGGGAAGAACUUCCCUGUCUCCAAAACGGCCGCCGCUGCCGCUACGCACUGGAUAGCGCGUCCGGAGCAGCAUCUCGUCGACGAAAUCAUAGCUGGCCGCGAGGUUGGGCAUUACCACUUAUUCAUCGGUGACAAGGGCGCGGGCAAGAGCAGCAUGCUUCUGGAGGCCAUGCGCAAGAUCGAUGGCGACGGCGUGGCCAUGUUUGAGGCACAUCCUGACCUGGAAAUCUUCCGAAUUCGCCUCGGAAAAGCCCUGGAUUACGAGUUCCACGAAGAUUACAUAGGCGCCUACUUCAGCGAGCGCGGGCCCAGAGACACGACUGCGCUUCUCGAUAUCGAGCGUGCUCUAAACAAGCUAGAAAAAGUGGCGCUGCGGAGAAGAUCAAAGGUUGGCAGGCCUCUUGUUCUCAUUGUCAACCAGAUGCAUCUCAUCAGAGACGACGAAGACGGCAAGGACCUCAUUGAGCUACUCCAGCAGCGAGCAGAACAAUGGGCGGCUUCUGGUCUUGUCACCAUGGUAUUUAACAGCGACGACUACUGGAUUUAUGAGAAGCUGAAGCAGCUGGCCGCCCGGCUAGAAGUCCUCACAGUCGUGGACCUGCCUAAGGCCCAGGCAACGGCAGCCUUAAAGAAUUACCGCCAGCGACACUGUGGAGAGACUCUAUCGCAAGAUGUGCUCGAGCAGAUCUACGACCGGGUCGGUGGCCGCCUAAACUUUCUAAAUCGGGUUGCCAAAAGCAGUGAUAUGCUAGCAACUUGUGAUAAGAUCCUAGAGGUUGAGAAGACAUGGUUCUUGAACCAAUGCUGGAUUCUCGGGGCUGAAAUGGAUGACGAUGUCAUGGAUCAGCAAAAAUGGGCGGCGGCUGCCGUCGUGCUCGCUACUGCCCUCGUUGACAAAGAAUCCGAGAUGGACAGCACGUACGAUCCCGAACUGGGCCACGUUCUGCCAUCCUUUGCUCUGCACAAAGCCCAGCAAAUCAUGACGCGGUCGGAUUUUGUGCGGGCCCUGGACCGUCUCAAUCUUUUCAGCAUCACUAGCGACGCCCAAGUUCGAGCCAGCUCCGUGCCAAUGCACCUUGCCUUUAAGCAAAUUGUUUCAGAGCCGGGUUUCCGUCAGCACCUACAGGCGACUAUCGACCGCAUCGCCGCAAUCGAGAGCCUCGGUCGUACAAGAGAGCUGGUUGCCAAAGACUUGACCCUUGGCGGAACGUAUGAGAUACGGAGGGCCAAAGGGGGUGUCGAUGUGGCUCUGAGAGAACAGAGAGAUGAAGCUGGGGAUGGUGUUUAAGAUCGGCACAUGGGUUGUCGUGACUUUGCCAGAUCCAAGAAAGGAAUAUAUCGACUUCCGUUCAUGGACGAACCACCGAAAACAGUAAAAUUAAAUUAA